UAGAAUGAAUGAGUUCGUGCUUGCCCCGAAUAUAAUGUGAAGACGGUCUAUGCAAAUUGGGAUGAAGACAGUUAUACGGUGAUUUCAUGGCUAAUAUCAAGUUAAAAAAUAUGACUGAGGAACGAAAAUUAUGCGAUAAAAAUGUCACCCGCGUACAGUACUAGAGGAGUCUUUUGCUGUCGUGGACCUUGAAGAUUUUGGUCUGUGGCGUUUGCCUUAGUAUGAUUUUAAGACCUCAUUUAUUUGCACUUCUGGGGAGUACCCUUACUUUCAGAUGAAUAAUUAGAAUUUUUAUUGUGUAUUUCAGUGCAGGGAAAAUCCCCAACGUGUAGUAUUAAAGAAAUGUCAAACGUUUGCAGUUACUUAAAAAUAUGUCUGUUCAUAACCAGUGUACCGUGUGGAGACUUGCCUUUGCAUCACAUACAUUUCUUUUGUAGAAAUCUGCGGAUAACUUGUGCGAGGGCUUCUGUUCACCCUGACAUCUGCUCUGAUAGCUCUGUUUUUAUUUGAAAUGAAACUGAAACGCUGCGUUUCUCUUCACACCACUAGAGGGCGCUUUUAAAUCAGGGCUCUCUAAACUUGGUAUAUUUAAUCCGCUGACAUUUUUGCAAUGAAAAUUGCACAUCUAUAGGAGGAGACAUCGGCUGAAUAUGAUCAGCGUAAAUUCUUUCACUCUAAUUGAGGUUUUAUGAACGAAUAAAUGCCUCAGUUGUCAUCCCCCCCUCUCACAUCUGGUUAGUUCCACUGCAAGGUGAUUCUUCAUUACCAAUGGCACCUCCAGUCCCCUGACCUCUCCCAUUCACUCUCCGAUGCCACACUGCACAAAAACCAGUGAUUUGGUGCCAAUGAAAAAACAAAAAGCUGCGUUACUUAGUUUGUAGAUGUUUUCUGCUCCUACAGUAAAACUUGUAAUUUUACGGCCUAGGGGAAUGAAAAAAUGACGCAAAUCUGACAUAUGAUUGUCACCACUGCCUUGUGGGCCUGGCAAGGUCCUGCUCACCUCAUUGGCGGUCGCGUUUCAUCCACAGUCUGAGCCAAUAAGCUGGUGUCAUUCAUAGCAUUGUUAUCGCCCCUUCUUUCACGUAGUGACAACGCUAUAGAUUACGAGUGAGCCUACACUUUCCACGCAUGGAUCUUGACUGCGCUGCUCCCUGGGUGCUCCUGUAGGUUGGAGGGCGCAGCGCUCGCCCCUGCGGGCCCCCUCUGUCAAUCUAGAGGACAAAAGCGUCUCUACGAAGGCUGGGGCUCAUGCUACUAUUCAUACGUUGGCUUCGCUUCAACACUGCCAGAAAUCUCGACCCAUUUCCCAGGGCUCAGAUGUGCUACAUCAUGUCAGAAUGCUUGUCUGUGGUCUUCCAGUAAAAAGUCGGUUUAAGGUGCGUGGAUCUCUCCCCAAUAGGUGUGAAAUCGCUUAUUUUGGAGCGACAGGUCACUCUUACUGUGGCUUUGUCAUUGCUGAUGGUUGGGGCCACAAUAGCAUAACAUUUUCCUUCUCAUCACGCUCAUCAUGUCCACUGUAAAUGUCAUAAUGCAAUUCAAACAGCACAUUAUGGAAAAGGAGGCAAAGGGUCCGUUCAUGAGCCUGAGAGGCGAUUCUUAAAGGAGGCCAAAUGACCGGGUCCGGGCAAAGGUCCAGACGCCUCUGCAGUCCGGCCAGACCCGCUUCCACGCCCCACCGCAUGGCUCCUGCUACAUCUGUCGCUCCAUCCACCCGCUCACCCCAUCUGCGCCCCGCGGGGCAGGGAAUGCAAUGUCCCUGCUCCCCCCCCCCCCCCCCCAGUGGCACCAGAGGGAUCACUGGGGCCCCUCAAAUGCUUAAACGGUACAGGAAACAGCACUGGCUCAUAUCUGGUGGGAAGCAGUGAGCGAGUCCUCCUGAUUUACAUCAACACGUGGCUUAGAAUCUGGACGUGUAUUUAAGUACGAAAAGAUUUUAAAAUGGCAUCAUUGGCCCAGUAAGACUCUGUGCAUAUAUACAUGUAUGGAUUUUGAUAGAAAACUGAACAUAAAAUUUCAAGUCCAAAGGCUUGGUUUCCUUUGACUUGGGAGGGCAAACAACUGCGGCCCUGAAAAUCCUUUGGAAAUAUGAGAAAGAUUAAAAAAUGAUGAGAUGUAGAAAAGAGAGCCUUUAUAUAUGAUGCAAGGCAAUAAUUUACUGAAAUAUCAAGACCUGAAGUUAUACUCAGUUAUGACACUGUAUGCAUUAUAGUGGCUGCAUAUAUAUAUACAACAAAUACUGUAUAACUAACUCACAUAAAUCCAGUAUCCCAGUGCUUUGCAUGUGGUUUAUAUACUGCAGCCUCUUUUUAAAUAAUUAUAUCUUAUUUUCGGGGUUUCAUUUGAACAAGUUCCACUUUUAUAUCAGCGGGUUGACAUAAACAUGUCUUUUACACUUGAUUUAAUAAUAAAAACAAAUAAUUCAAAAAUCUAAGGAGCCAAAUUAAUUAACGUUAAACAGAUACAUAUUUCUUUAGAUAUUUAUAUCGGUGUGUGAGUGAAAAAUAGGACUUUCACCUCAGAAUAACAUUUAUUUCAUUUUUACAGAUGGAAGUACUUGGCUACCCAAAAACAACCCAGAACCAAAAACAAGCAAGGUCCCUACUGCCGCACUUAACAAUGCAACUAGAGAAAACGUCGAUUAAAACACUUCACGAGUUUACAGCUCACCAGCAAUCCCUCCCUCAAGUUCAGAAAAGCCGAAAGUCCACUGAGCCCGGUCUCAGUCCUGACUUAUACAGUCCCUGUUACUCGCGCUACCAUAACGUUCGAGUUAAUAUUUCACAGUUGGGGACACCGAUUAAAAACUUUCUAGAAGUUUUCUAGAAGUAUACUGUACUUAUUAAAAACCUGUUUAUGGUUCACCAUUAUAUUACCAUCCGGUUAUGGAUAAUGGUUCUAAUAUAACUGAGAUAGAUAAUUCAUAUAACAGCCGAUUUUGUUUGGAAAAGCGCGACAUUGUUAUUAAGGUCUUAAGCGGACUUAGUCGGGUUCAAUCAGAAAAAAAAACAAUUAAAAAAAUAUGCAAUGCAAAAUGAAUAAAUAAAACAGUAAGGCAGAUUAAAAACCGAUCGGCGGCGGCUUCAUCUGCCCCCCAUGUAACUGCGAAGACUUAACGGGGUUUUCAAGCAAUUUCUAAAGUCACAGGUGUCCCGCCAGCUGCAGCCAGAGAGUCGAUCGGCGUGUGUUGCAGGACUGGUGUCUUUUCCAAGUUUACUUUCUAGGAAUCAAAGAAUAACUUUGACUGAAGCGCAGAAGUUAAGUAAUAGGGUAUAAAUACCGCGACCUAAUCUAGACUAUUAAACGAGAUGCACGGGACGGGAGGAGUUUCACAGAUCCUUGCGCUCCGCGCAGAGUACAAGUCCUCCUCCUAUUAUUCCCCAUCAUUAUUACUUUGAUAGGUUAGAUAUCGCCCUUUGAGAAUAAAAUCAGCGCGGCGACCGAGCCGAAAUCGAAGCUUGCUUUUGUCCCGUCUGGCCGCCGACCGCCGAGCGCCGAAGGGAUGUGGUGGCUGCUGUUCCCCCGCUGGAUCUGGUUCUUUGUUGGACAGAGCUUCGUGCUGCUCCUGCACGGCCGCUCGCAGGCCGUGGCUCUGCCAAAGGUCGCCUACUCGCAUGCGGGUAUGUGUCCCAACGAGAUGAACCCCAACCUGUGGGUGGAUGCAAUGAGCACCUGUACGCGAGAGUGCGAGUCCGAUCAGGACUGCGAGCCGUUCGAGAAGUGCUGCUCCAACGUGUGCGGCAGCCGGAGCUGCGUGGCGGCGCGCUACCUGGACGCGCAGGGCAAGAAAGGCCCCCUGGGGAUGCCAGCAGGAGCCACAUGCGACCGCUUCAUGUGUCCCCAGCAGGGGUCCGAGUGCGAUGUCUGGGACGGCCAGCUGGUGUGCAAGUGCCGGGACCGAUGCGAGCGGGAGCCGCGUUUCACCUGCGCGUCUGACGGCAUGACCUACUACAACCGCUGCUACAUGGACGCAGAGGCCUGCUCCCACGGAGUCUCCCUCACCGAGGUGGCCUGCAGGUUCCACCUGGCCUGGCCGGACGCCAGCCCGCCCCCAGCCGAGACCACACCCCCGCCGCCGACCACGGUGCCGCAGACCACGCCCCCAGAUGCCAUCCCUCCGAGCCUGACCGCCGAGCCCACCCACCAGUCGGUGCUGGAGGGCGAGACUGCGAGCCUCCUGUGCGAGGUCACCGGUCGCCCUGUGCCCCAACUCACCUGGCAGAAGCAGGCAGGGGCGGAGAAGGAGAACGAGAUCAUGCGGCCGAACUACGUCCAGGGGAACGUGGUGGUGACCAACGUCGGCCAGCUGGUCAUCUACAACGCCCAGCCGCAGGAUGCCGGCGUCUACACCUGCACCGCAUACAACCUUGGGGGCUCCCUGCAGGCCCACUUUCCCUUGUCGGUGGUCAGGAGGGGGUCCGUGGAGAAGGAGGAGCUGCAUACGAACGGCUCGCACUUCUCUGUCGAUGAGUGCCGGAAGCCCCCCGAUACGGACGACUGCGGAGGCGAGAGCAGCAGCUGGUACUACGACGCCAAGAAGGCCGACUGCUUCGCGUUCAGCUACGGCGGCUGCGGGGGCAACGGGAACCGCUUCGAGAGCUACGAGGCCUGCGCCCGGGUUUGCAGCUCAGGCUCGGCCACGUCCUGCAACCAGCCCUGGCUCCAGGGACCCUGCAAGGCCUACGAGCCGCGAUGGGCGUUCCGCGCCGAGAAGCGGCGCUGCGAGCCCUUUGUGUACGGCGGCUGCGGCGGCAACGGGAACAACUUCGCGAACAAGGAGGCCUGCGAGGCGGCGUGCCUGUCCCAGAAGGCCCGGGGCUGCCGACAGUGCAAACCACGGCAAAAGAUGGCCACCAGCUUCUGCAAGAGCGACUUCGUGGUCCUGGGCCGCAUGGCUGAGCCGACCGCGGACCAGGAUUCGGGCCAUGUCUUGGUGACGGUCGAGGAGAUCCUUAAAGACGAGAAGAUGGGGCUGCGAUUCCUGGGCCGGGAGCCACUGGAGGUCACGCUGCUGGACGUGGACCGCGGCUGCCCCUGCCCCAGUGUGAGCGCCGCCUCAGGCCAGCUGAUCAUCAUGGGUGACGUUCACCAGGGUAUGGCCGUCUUGCAGCCCCACAGCUUCGUGGGACCGUCCAAUGCACGGCGCCUGAAGAAGCUACGCGAGGUGAUCCAGAAGAACUCCUGCGAUGUUCUCAAGGAGUUCCCAGGAGCCCAGUAGGCUCUCAGUACCAUCUUAUGAAGCUGCCGGCCAAUACGCUUCUGGCAUCCAGCCCACUACUUAGCGACUCUUCCUCACUUUCGUCCAAUGAACAUAUACCUUCUAGACGAUUCUUUGGGAAUCUAGAACCAAAUGGACACCGUUCUACAGCCCAUACUGUUGGAAGAUCUGUUUCCGAAAAGCAGUUCAGUGACUCUCAAACUGGUCUGAAAACAUUGAUCAUUCUCACCGUUCAGAUUCUGGACUCAAAAUAAUAAUAUAUAAUUUGUUUCACUUUCUGAAAGAUGAAACAUGUUAGAAAUUACUAACUUUAUAAGUAGUCUUUUCUACUCUGUGAAUGAGUAUUUCACCCUUUUCUCACUACCUAUGUUUCUUCCAUACAUCACAUUGGCUUAUUAUAAUACGCAAUAGGGUUUUAUUUGUAGAACAGUUAUAUUAUUAAUGGUAUUAAUAGAGGCAUAAAGUGAAAUCGCACAUACGAAUUUUAAGUGAACAUUUUAUGGAAAGCUGAAAAGCAUCUGAGGUAAACCAGCUGGUCGUGAGUCGUGGUGAGAAGGUCUGGACUGCUUAUUUUGAUGGGGUAACAUCCUGAUCACAUGGAAAAGUUAGAUAACACGUUAUCGGACAGCAAACCCGCAAAGCUACCCCAGCUGUCCUAAAGCGCGGCGCUUAAAACACCCCCCCCCCGAGGAUUCUCAGUUGAAAACGUAGCUCUUAUUAAGCACUUAAGCACAUAUGCUAAAGCAUCCAUUUUAGUUAAACUAAAAUGAUUCUUUGUAUUGCUUUCACGAUAUUUUCUUUGUGUUGUUAAAUUUAUGAUCUGUAGCUCGUGCCUUAAAGUCUAAUAUGAUAGGUGCUUAAAGAAAUUAAGGGUAGACAUAGUGAACUGCUAGCACUAAUCUGCAGUCCCGUGCAGUUAAAAAAAGUUGUAAUAUAUUCCCUCAAAAGGCGAUCACUUAAAAUCCCAGUAAUAUUGACUAUAGUCCCUAUAUUUCUGUGCCUGGCAUUAAUUUUGUGUUUAUUUAUUUUGUUGUUAUCUUAAUUAAGAGCAAAAUAACAACCACUUUGUUUAUCUUAAAGGCAUCUGGAAUUUUAUCAUAAAAAAAAUCUGUUGAGAGCAAAUAAAAAAAUGUAAAACCAGUAA